AUGAUUGAACAUUCAGCUGAGUGGAUAUCUAUAGAUCACACUUUUAAGGUUGCGGCGAAUAUUGGAGCAAAUCGAAAAUGUGAUUCACAUUGGGAAAAGCAGUACGAUUCUAUGUUCUGUGUCAUGAAUGAAAUCGGUUGCGUAAUAGCAUGGCAAUUAACACUUGGUACGGCAUUCGAUAAAGUCGAAGAUCUCCUGAAAGGACUUCACUGUAGAUUUCAGAACCAAGACCGGAAUAUAAAAUUGUGUUUUACAGACAAUUGUUGCACGUGGAAACGAAAACUCCAAUCCGUAUUUGGGAAGGAAUUAAAUGUGAAACUAGACUUAUUCCAUGCGGUUCAACGAGUUGUGAAGAAAAUUUCUAAACGACACCCUUUUAGUUUUAAUUGCGCCCAAGCUUUUUCUCUCAUAGUACGUCAACCACAUGACCAUGGUGAAAGUCGCAAGGAGAAUACUCCCGACCCUGAAACAAUCAACAAACAACUGGAUAAUUUUGUCCUUACCUGGAAAGAUGUUAUUUAUUUAGAUAAACCGGUUUUGACAUUGGAUGCAUUAAAAGAGAUUAAGAACUUGCGAGAACAUAUUAAUAAGGGUUGUUUGUCCAAUAUUCCGCCCGGUUGUGGCACAGAACGGAAUGAAAAUCUACACAAAUGCAUUCGUAAAAGUGCAAGUAAAGUGCGCAUUGGUGUACACCUGGCAGUAGCUUUGUUUACAACCUUCCUUUACGUUUGGAACGAGAAAAGAAAAAAUGCAGAUCGUACCGGUAAAAAAACAAAGUUUCUGCCAAUUUUUGAUAUCGACAAUGCACCAUCGCUUUGGUCCACAAAACCAUGUAGCAAAGAAACAUUUGGAGUGGGAGUAUCAUCUGAAAGACGAAUUAAUUCAAAGGAGGAAAAACUACCACCAUCUUAUUGUGAUUUAUUUUCAGAAUGCAAUUGGGAUGCGGAAGGGCAGAACCUGGAUGAAAUUUUAAAUAAUUCGGAUUUUAAACUUGGAAAAGAAGACGUGAAAAAAAUCUUAGAUAGGGCAUCGAAUAUUAUGUCAGUAGUGGAACUAUUAGAAGCGUGUAAUGGCAGAAACCGAACAUUUAACACCGAACAUGCACAUUUGAUGUCAAAUCCAGCACUUUUCGCUUUUGGAACUUGCAUUGAUAAGACUGUGGAAGAAAAGGAGAGUUUGGAACGAUUGCAAAACACACUGGCUUCAUACAACAUGGAGUUGGUGAACUCAUCUUAA